CGUUCAUUGGCUCCGUCUCCUGGCUCGACUCACGCUAAAAUGCGCUGGGGGUUGAGCUGGUGACGACGUGACGUGCCUUUUUAUUACAACGCCAACGGUAUAAAGAAGCGAAGACUCUCUAAUUUCCCUGCACUUGGCAAGAACAGAAAGAUAUUUUCUUCAAUCCUGCUUGCUCAAAUAAUCCUCCGACUUCUGGGUUGAAUUCUGCUUCUGCUUCUGCCUCUGCCUCUGCUUUUUGGUUCAAAAUCUGCUUCUGCUUUCUGGGUUCUGUCUGUUUUGUGCCACAUUUGAAGCUGGGGAUCACAGUUUUGGUCGGAUUUUGAAGAUUAAAGUCGGUGGAAAUGGUUCUGAUGAAGGAAUUGGAUUUGCGUGAAGUCGGAUUGUCAUGCCCAUGUCGUUGGAAGAGUAUCAAGUAGCCCAGACGUACAUGGUCAUGAAGAUGCAGGAACAGAACACGAACAGUACCGAAGGGGUGGAAAUAGUAGAGAGUAAAUCCUUUGAAGAUGAUGUAUUUGGAAAGGGUCACUACAGCUCUAAAAUUUAUCGUCUACAAAGCAAAGCUCCUAGUUGGCUUACCACUUUUGCGCCAGCAGAUGCUCUCAUCAUGCAAGAGGAAGCCUGGAAUGCACACCCAAGAUGCAAGACAGUAAUCAAGUGCCCGUACUUCACCAAGUUUCAGCUGACCGUCGAAACAGUUAACAGAGCUGACAAUGGCCAUUCGGAUAAUGUUCAUGGUCUAAGCAAAGCACAACUAGCAACCAGGGAUGUGGAAACUGUUGAUAUUGCUUCAUCUGCAAAGGAUUACUGGAGUCUCAUAGUUGGCACUAACAACACCGACUUUUCCCAAUUUACAUCAACGAAAACUGGACGUGGUCCACUUUUAGAGGGCUGGCAGGACACAUCGGAUCCAGUUAUGACAGCCUACAAACUGGUCACCAUUGAUGCACCAUAUUGGGGUUUCGGCAAUAAACUUGAACGAGCUUUGCUAUUGGGUGAAAGGGCUCUUUUCCUAGAAAGCCAUCGGAAUUGCUUUUCUUGGAUUGAUGAAUGGUCCGGAAUGACAGUUGAACAGAUACGUGAACAUGAACGUGAACGACAUAGAAACUCAGAGAUCCAGGAACUUGGAAGGCCAACUUUGGUGAAGACCCUAGAAGAUAUCGACCAGAGAUUAUUACCCGAAAGCGAAGAAAUUUUAAGCGGGCAGAGACCUCAACUUUCAACUUAAAUCCACUCAGCAUGGACUCUGUUGACUUGGAGCAAAAUUUUUAUACGUAUGCUGCAUAAACUUGAGAGAAUGUAUAGCACACUUCAUGUAACAUACCCAGAUAAAUUAUCAAAGAAAGGAACACCCAGUCACUCAG